AUGGCGUCCUCCCGACGCCCGCCGCCGGCGCCAGCCGUCCUCGCCGUCGCCGUCGCGCUCGCGGUGGCCGCCCUGGCCGCGUCGGCGUCGGCGACCGUCACCUACGACCGCAAGGCGGUGGUGGUGAACGGGCAGCGCCGCAUCCUGCUCUCCGGCUCCAUCCACUACCCGAGGAGCGUCCCCGAGAUGUGGCCGGAUCUGAUACAGAAGGCCAAGGACGGCGGCCUCGACGUGGUGCAGACGUACGUCUUCUGGAACGGCCACGAGCCCUCCCCUGGCCAGUACUACUUUGAGGGGAGGUAUGAUCUUGUGCACUUCAUCAAGCUCGUCAAGCAGGCCGGCCUCUACGUGCACCUCCGCAUUGGCCCCUACGUCUGCGCCGAGUGGAACUUCGGCGGUUUCCCUGUUUGGCUAAAGUAUGUCCCCGGCAUCAGCUUCAGAACUGAUAAUGAGCCGUUCAAGCUUGAGAUGCAGAAGUUCACCACAAAGAUCGUCCACAUGAUGAAGUCGGAAAGGCUCUUUGAGUGGCAGGGAGGGCCAAUAAUCCUUUCUCAGAUUGAGAAUGAGUUUGGGCCCUUGGAGUGGGAUCAGGGUGAGCCUGCCAAGGCCUACGCUUCAUGGGCAGCUAACAUGGCCAUUGCGCUCAACACAGGCGUUCCAUGGAUCAUGUGCAAAGAGGAUGAUGCCCCAGAUCCAAUUAUUAAUACAUGCAAUGGAUUUUACUGUGACUGGUUCUCCCCAAAUAAACCUCACAAGCCUACCAUGUGGACUGAGGCUUGGACUGCCUGGUAUACAGGUUUUGGUAUUCCGGUUCCACAUAGACCAGUAGAGGAUCUAGCAUAUGGUGUUGCCAAGUUUAUCCAAAAGGGUGGCUCUUUUGUUAACUAUUACAUGUACCACGGCGGAACAAACUUUGGGCGCACAGCUGGGGGUCCGUUCGUUGCAACUAGCUAUGACUAUGAUGCUCCUAUUGAUGAAUAUGGUUUGUUGAGAGAACCAAAAUGGGGCCACUUGAAGGAGUUGCAUAGAGCCAUCAAGCUUUGUGAACCAGCCUUGGUUGCAGGAGAUCCCAUAAUAUCUUCACUUGGGAAAGCUCAGAAGUCAUCCGUUUUUAGGUCAAACACAGGAGCUUGUGCAGCUUUUCUUGAGAACAAGGAUAAACUAUCCUAUACAAGGGUAUUGUUCAACGGGAUGCAUUAUGACCUGCCUCCCUGGUCUAUCAGUAUUCUCCCGGACUGCAAAACAACAGUCUUCAACACUGCUAGGGUUGGCAAUCAGAUUUCACAAAUGAAAAUGGAAUGGGCUGGAGGACUCACGUGGCAGUCAUACAAUGAGGAGAUAAAUUCUUUUAGUGAGGAGGAAGCAUAUACAACUGUUGGAUUACUGGAACAACUAAAUAUGACGAGGGAUAACACAGACUACCUAUGGUACACAACAUAUGUCGAUGUUGCCAAGGAUGAGCAGUUCCUUACCAGUGAGAAGAACCCCAAACUCAGAGUGAUGUCGGCUGGUCAUGCUUUGCAUGUUUUCAUCAAUGGACAAUUAACAGGAACUGUGUAUGGCAGUGUAGAAAACCCAAAACUUACAUAUACUGGUGAUGUGAAACUAUGGGCAGGGAGCAACACUAUUUCCUGCUUAAGUAUAGCAGUUGGCCUACCAAAUGUUGGAGAGCAUUUCGAGACUUGGAAUGCUGGAAUUCUCGGUCCAGUAACACUUUAUGGCCUGAAUGAGGGAAGAAGAGAUCUCACAUGGCAGAAAUGGACCUAUCAGGUUGGUUUAAAAGGUGAGGCUAUGAGUCUUCAUUCACUUAGUGGAAGCUCAUCAGUAGAGUGGGGAGUACCUGUGCAGAAGCAGCCUCUGACAUGGUACAAGGCUUUUUUUAACGCACCUGAUGGUGACGAGCCACUAGCUUUGGACAUGGAUAGCAUGGGGAAGGGGCAAAUCUGGAUAAAUGGACAAGGAAUUGGACGAUAUUGGCCUGGCUACAAAGCCUCUGGAACAUGUGGUUACUGUGAUUAUCGAGGUGAAUAUGAUGAGAAAAAGUGUCAAACCAACUGCGGUGACUCUUCUCAAAGAUGGUACCAUGUUCCUCGACCAUGGCUUAAUCCUACCGGGAACCUUCUGGUGAUAUUCGAGGAGACAGGGGGUGACCCAACUCGAAUCUCAAUGGUGAAAAGAACCAUUGGAAGUGUCUGUGCUGAUGUGUCUGAGUGGCAGCCAUCAAUGACGAAUUGGCGUACAAAAGACUACGAGAAAGCUAAAAUCCACCUACAAUGUGAUCAUGGGCGAAAAAUAACUGAAAUAAAAUUUGCCAGCUUUGGCACACCGCAGGGGUCCUGCGGGAGCUACUCAGAAGGCGCAUGUCAUGCACACAAGUCGUAUGACAUAUUUGAGAAGAACUGCAUUAAUCAAGAACAUUGUGGCGUAAGCGUAGUUCCAGAGGUAUUUGGUGGAGAUCCUUGCCCUGGGACAAUGAAAAGGGCUGUUGUGGAGGUUAUUUGCGGUUGAAUGGCUCAAUCGUUUGACCUCUCAUUCCACCUUGGGUAUGUCAGGACUGCGUCAUAGUCCACCUAAGUCCAUACAGGCUUCUGGCAAGAGGUGAAAGUUACAGUGACCGUAACGCAUGGACUGCCAGAAGUUACAGAAAUUAGUUAUAUUUAGACUGAAUCAUCAAUGUAUGUAUGUACAUUAGUCUACAAAAUAAUUUGACUCUGUAGGUGUGGAAAAGGGCUGUGAUGCUCUAGUUAGCACCGGUCUGGUUCGAGGAGAGCACAGAUGAGACUCUGCUGAGUACCUGAGUCCAUAUGUGCAAUGGCUUCUGGAUUAGAGGACGCCAUGUGAUGAUUCAUUUUUCCUCAUUGAAAGGUGCAAAAUCAAUGUGCAGGGCAACCACCCAUUCAUGUAUUGCCAUGUUGAUUAAGUAGUAAAAACAAGAUAUGGUUCAGCUCAUAAAUAAAAUUUCUA